CGACCACCGCCAGCUCAUCAACUUGCUGCUGCUGGAAGGAUGCGAUGAGCAAGGCAGUCGAGGCGCAAGAGGACAAGGAACAGCCUCCGCUACCGCCGCCUCCAGCGUAUGAUGGUCCUCCACCAAGUGUCCCAAUAAGAGACACGAAGCGACCAUUACAAGACUCUCAUGACGCGGCCAGCUAUGCUGCAGGCCCUUCCAGUGCUUCUACCAGUACAAGCGCACGCUCCUAUGGAUCCAGUGUACCACUCACAAGUCUCCAUCAACCAGCAACAAAUCUCACCUCCCGUGCAAACCGACGCGACAUCACCCACUCCCUCUCAUCCCUGUAUCUCGAUAUCCUCACCCAUCCGACACCAGCAACCUGUGAUGUCUUUAAGACUAUCUUGGAUACCUGUGUUCGUGCAGGUAUCUCCUUGAAGUCCAUCAGUAGUGUGAUACAAGGAAGAGAUCCGAUUUAUUGGAUGACGGUGGAUGCGUCGAAAAUGCCAGGAACGUUGCAAGUCUUGCUUUCUCAACGGAAUGCAUUGGUUGCGCCGACACGCGGGAUGUUACGACAAGCGGUUGCAGCAACGUUGGUGCAUGAUGAUUUGCAGCUGUAUAAAUUGAUUCGAGCACGGAUGAAGCAGGAUGCGCCAUCGACUGUGCGAUGGUUGGAGGAAGAAUGUGAUGACGUCUCCUUGAUCCUCACUGAAUCGCCAAAUUUGGGAUUCCUAGCAAGCAUCAAAUGUGUUGAGUUUGGGAAACGAUUACAAACGCAGCGAACGGUGGAAGUACGGUUUGUGUGUCGGCAUCGAGAAUGGGUGCUGCAACUCGGUCAAGAUGUGUAUGCGGGGUUGGCCGCCAUUUCCACACCAGCAGGAUCACAGAGUAAAGAAGCAGGUAUCAAAUUGAUGAUGCAGAGUGGUGAGAUGAUGGGAUUUCGAGCACAGAUACGACUACGCCAUCCACAGGCAUCCAUGGAAUCACCAUUCAUUGCACUUGGCAAGAUUCAACAACCACGAGAGCCACAACCAGAUGGCAGUGUUGCGUGGUGUGGACCUGUGCCAUUCAAUAAGCAUAGAGAUUGGAAAGCCUUGGUGUUUGGUGAGAGUCCGUUUUUUGGUGUUGCUGGGAUGUUGGAGAUGCAGUUGCAUGUACAGGCUGUCGAGGAGCAAGCGGGUGAGUGUAUAAUACAGUAGAUACCAUAGGUAUUAUGAUCAGUCCUCCCACCAGCUCAUCAGACCAAGACCGGGCGUUGCAGCACUGGCUUGCAAGGCAUAGGGGACAU